GCAUGUGAAAAUCUUGUUGGGGAGAGAAAAAAAUCGUACAGAGCUGUUGUGGAAAACUACUCAUAUUUGAAACCUCAAAGGAAUAGCAUUUGAAAAAUACAGCACAACAAAUUCCAACUCUCAGGGUCUUUGAAUCUUCGUCAGAAAAUAGAGAAUGUACUAUCAUCAGCAACAACAAGCAAAGAACAUUCAUUCUUUAACGAUGUCCAACCCUCCUGAGAGGCAUAUGAUCGUCCAUGGUGGACGUGGAACUGGAGACUCAGGACUUGUCCUCUCAACUGAUGCUAAGCCUAGACUAAAAUGGACACCAGAUCUCCAUGAACGCUUCGUAGAAGCAGUUAAUCAGCUAGGAGGGCCAGAUAAAGCUACACCAAAAACAGUAUUGAAACUUAUGGCGAUUCCCGGACUUACUCUAUACCACUUAAAGAGUCAUCUACAGAAAUACAGACUCAGUAAAAAUCUGCAUGGACAGGUCAAUAGUGGAGCCUAUAGAAACGAAGCGGCAGGCCAAAUUUAUGAGACAAGUGAAGUGCAUACGAAAAAUUUGAGCAUCAGACCUCAGACAAACAAGAACUUAGAAAUAAACGAGGCACUACAGAUGCAAAUUGAAGUGCAAAGAAGGUUGCAUGAGCAGCUCGAGGUACAGCGACACUUGCAGCUUCGUAUAGAGGCUCAAGGGAAGUAUCUCAAGGGAGUGCUGGAGAAGGCCCAAGAGACACUAGAGAAACAGAAUCUUGGCACAACAGGACUUGAAGCUGCCAAGGUUCAACUCUCUGAACUGGCGUCUAAAGUAUCAACUCAAUACAUAGAGCCUACAUUUUCAGAGAUAAAAGAAUUACAGGCACUAUGGCCUCAGGAAGCACAAGUGACCAAAACCACCAAUUUUUCGAUGGAUGGCUACUUGACAUCUAGCGAAGGAUCUCAGAGAGACCAAGACACACAUAACGCAGGCUUAAAUUUGAGACUAUGUGAUGGAACUCCAUUUUUAAGGUCAAAAGAGGAUGCUCCAGAGCCUACUCUUCUGAAGGCUGAUCUCACAUUACGUGACCAAUUGCAGGAGAAAAUGUUGUUUCUUUCCCCAUCAAACGAUGAUGCACAUAAAAGAAAUUCAAAACUCAUACCCCAGGAUGUUGGACUUGAAGGAGAAGAAAGCUUGGGGAAACUGCCUGUUUUGAAGGAAGAUAUGAAGUUAGAGGAAGAAAGCUGGUUGAGAAAGGAAAGAGCUGAAAAUGGGGUUGUGCCAGGUAAACUGAACUAUGAGAAGAUUUCUCAAGACUAUAGGCUACCUGACUAUGAGACCGCACUAGACCUAAAUGUUAAUGAUAAAAAUGAUGCUUCUUCUAACUGCCAACAGUUUGACUUGAAUGGAUUUAGCUGGAAUUGCUAGAUGAUAUUGUUAGUGACUGAAUUCUAGAAGCCAUUGAGUUUGAGUUCCUCCAGCAAUAGUUCCGCACUGGAGACAAUCACUGGAGCCUGUAUUAUGCAUAUGUGUAGCAUGGCCCAAUGGAGAUAAACAAGAUAAAUUUCUCCAACAACGACACACUAGACUGUGAGCUGUGUUUUGUAUGAGAUUUAAGAUGACUACACUGUUAUUAUCUACGAAUAGUGUAACUUUUUAAAGAUUUUGUAUUAUAUAAUGAUGAUUGCUUGUAUAUUUAUACAGACGGUAUGACCGUUAUAUAAUAAACAUCAUGUUUUCCAUAGUCCAAA